AUGGAUCCGUACGGCUCUACAUGGGCCCCGGGCCACGUUCCUCCAGCACCAUCCUCCGCUUCCGUCUCCGUGCCCUCGUCCGGGUCUGCCACACCUAGCAACGCGCCUCCUCUCAACCGAUCACAGGGAUCUCAAGACACAGUUGGCCAUCGCAUCUCCAGCCUCUCGGACAUUGCCGACUAUGACAACUAUGGCGCCCAGCAAGCGGCUGCGCCGUCUCCAUACGACCCGCAGCCGACCCUACGCGGUCGUCCGUCGCUUGUAUCCCUCGACUCGCUCGUCUAUGAUGAAUCCCUCAACGCUUACACGAGAGUACCAAUACCAGCCGCUCCGCCAACUGCCCUCCCUCCGACAACAUUGCCAGCAGUGGCUCCGUUAACUCCAGUACCAUCUGCGCCGAUCUCGACCGUACCGCCAGUUUUGCAAUAUACAGGUAGUCCACCGACAAUAUUGCCAGCUGUGGCCCCGUCAACGCCCGUGCCUUUGGCACCGACCUCCACUGUACCACCAGUUCUUCAAUAUAGAGAUCUUCCACCGACAACACAGGGUGGUGGUGGCGGUGCGUGGGCAGUGUCCACAGUUGCAUCCGAACCGGCUCCAUACUCAACGUACAACUCUGGAUAUGGUGCUGGCUCUGCACCCACAGUUGCGGGCGCCACAAUCACCCGUCGGCUCAGCAACAUGCUCUCCGGACGGCGGCAGAGCAUGCGCCGCGCCAAUUCAUCACAUAGUACCAUAAUGGAAGAAGGGCCGUACGGUGGCACGAGGGAAAGCAUCGACAUGACCAGCUUGGUUCAGAAUGCAGCACCUAUCAGCAUGUCGCCGACCUCGUCCAAGCCAUACUCUCGCCUAGCCGAGCACGACAUGGAGAACGGCGACGACAAUAUGCCGCCCCAACGGAGCGCAGGCGGUAUGGCGUCCAGCAGUGUCCCCGUAGACCUGUCUAGCUUCUUUGGCCCAACAACGGGUCAAGACGAGGCGUUUAUCAAGCGUCUCCAUGAACAGGAGGCUCAAGGAACGCUGACAAUGGGCCUGGGAGCGGGUUUUGAACCAGGAGCGAAGCUUAAGGAGUCGGAGCUGCUGGCCAACGCCUCUCAUUCUGACCACCACACCACGUCGGCAAACAGCCCCACGUCAAUCUUUGGCUCGGGCCGCGGAACGUCGCUGCGCCGGACGCUGUCUAGAAGAUGGGCGUCCUCGUCUGCGGCAUCUGCCUCGGCCUCCACGCCACUCACACCCGCCGCCGGCUCGCCCACCAGCACCAGCCAGCUGUCCCGACAGGGCACUGUGCGGGCACUCGCACAGAGCGAGGCCAACCGGAGGGGUGAAAUCGUCGAAAUCAUUAUGGAAGAGGAGGAGGAGGACGAUACCACGACCAACAAUCGAGACAAUGGACAUAGUCGAAACCUUAGCGACGAUACAGCCAACGAUGAUUCCGACAUCGCCAACGUCGGCUCCAAGGUCGACUUGAGCGUGAUGUCGGGCCCCGAGGGGCCCGAUCCCCUUUCGGGUGGCAGCAUGAGCAGCGCGAAUCGGCGGCAGUCGUCCAUCCCAUUACGCAUGGGCACCACCGACGGAACGCAGAGGACGCAGGUGUUUUACCCGCAGCCCAACUGGCGACCCUUUUCCAUGCGAUGGCCUUAUCUCAUGACCUUGAUUCUUCUGUCGAUUGUGCUUGGCGUUGCACAGGAGCUCAUCUACCGCAUGUCAUUGAAACGGCCGCUGGUCAAGUUCCACUCUCCUGAGGAAAUUCCGGGCGGGCUCUACUUCACGGUCAAGUUUGUGCCGACCAUUGUCGCCGUUACGUUCGGCGUUCUUUGGCAGAUCACCGACUUUGAAGUCAAGCGGCUCGAAGCGUUCUAUCAGAUGAGCAAGGGGGACGGUGCCGUGGCGGACGAGUCCAUCAACGUGGACUAUGUGACGUACUUUACUUUCUUCCGGCCCUUCCGCGCCCUCUACUGCAAGCAUUAUGCGGUGGCCGUGUCUUCCAUUGCGUCGCUGCUGGCCGUGUCCCUCGUGCCGACGCUCAGCGCCGCGACCAUCGUGCUGACCCCGAAUCGCGACGCGCGGCUGGCGAGCCCCCAGGGCGAGAAACAAGUGGUGAUUGGUGCCGUGUGGUCCCGGUUCUUGACCGUCGUUCUCUUUGUGAUCGCCGCGCUGGGCUGUGUGCUGUUCUUUCUGCUCCAGCGACGGCGCUCGGGCCUCAUGUCGGACGUCAAGGGCAUUGCGGGUCUUGCGUCCAUGGCCGUUGUCAGCCAUAUCAUGACCGACUUCAAAGGUAUGGAUCUUGUCACGCACAAGGAGAUCCACAACAAGCUCAAGGACCACCGGUACGUGCUGCGCAACUCCUCACUGGCGCCCGACGACGAAAACCCAGUCUCGCUGGCCGAGCGCGAGCGCUACAAGGAGUUUGACAGCCACAUGUCUGAGAACCCACACCCACUGAUGCUGCGCGCACGGGGCUGCAUCCCCUACAUUGCCGGCAUUCUGUUGUUCGCGGCGCUGAUUCCCAUUGUGCUCUUCACGCCGGCCAACGUGCUGACCGACAAGGCGGCGUGGCUGCUGACCGCGCUGGCCGUCGCGAUCAAGCUCGGCUGGGGCGGUCUGGAGACAUCGGUGCGCAUGAUGGAACCAUACUACAUCCUGUGGCGCCGGCACGCACCGGCCAAGACGCUGACUCUCGACUACACGGCGAUGCCCUUCCUGUGGGUGGCGCUGCAGGCGCUCAAGAACGGACAUUACUUGGUGUUCUUUGUGGGCUUCGGCACGGUCAUGACCGAAGUUCUGACAGUAUUGGUGACGUCGCUAGCCACAGUCGAGGGUCACGACUUUAUCGGAACGGGCGCGUCGUCUCCCACGGCGGACACCGAUGCGGACAGCGGUGAGGAGACGGCGCUGUCGUUUUGGUUGACGCUCGGCCUCGUCACAUUUAUCCUGUCGUAUAUGAGCAUCGUGGCGACAGUGGUGUUUAUCCGGCGGCGGCGGUCAUUCCUGCCUCGGCAGCCCAACACGAUCGCGUCGGUGCUUGCGUACAUCCACCAGAGCAAGAUGCUGUGGAGCUUUGUGGGCACGAGCAAGAGCAGCAAUGCCGAGAUGCUGGUCAAGCUCGAGGCGAUGGGCCACAAGUACGGGCUGGGAUGGUUCGAGGGCCGUGACGGACAGACGCACUGUGGCGUGGACCAGGAGGAGCUGAUGAGCAGCUACAAGCUGGGCUACGACUACUCGCGAAGCAACAAGCCGUGGAACGAUCAGCCCGAGGAGUGGCUGUAG